AUGCUCCGCGACCACGUCGUGUAUGGCACAAACAACGUGGAUGUCCAAACAAGACUUCUGAAAAAACUGGACCUCACCUUCAACGACGCUGUGCAGACCACCCUGGCAACGAAAGCAGCAAAAAGGGACGCAGUCAAGACAGCGAAGUGGGCUGCACCUAUUGUUCCUGUGACCAAAAGGGAUGGACGCAUCAGAAUCUCUGGAAACUUUGUUGUCACCAUAAACCCAGUGGCAACAGUGGAGCAGUACCCCAUUCCAAGGAUCGAGGACCUGUGGACUGUGCUUGCUGGAGACAACGGUCCUGCCUUCACCAGUGCCCAGCACCUUGAGUUCUUAACUCCAAAUGGAAUACGCCGCAUGCUUGUACCACCGUAUCACCCUGCCCCAAAUGGUGCAGCUGAAAAAGUUGUACAAACAGUGAAGAACAAACUCAAGAAGUCUGGUUGUGGGAACUGCCAAACGCAGAUCUUCAGAUUUCUGUUCCACUGUAAGGCCACACCACAUGAAGUGACAGGUCGGCCACCGUGUGACCUCUUGACAGGAAGAAUGUUGAAGACUCUGUUGUAUGUCCUCAGGACAAUCCUGCAGGCAUCUGUAUUCCUAAAACAACUCAAGCAGAAGUUGUAUGCUGACAGGGGGUCCCGGCAGGCUCCAUCACUGCGGGCAGGUGACGAUGUGUACGCGCGAAACUUUCGCAGGGGCACACCCUGGGUGCCUGCCAGUGUCGUGGACGUCACUCCAUCAUCAGCCAGUGUCUGGUUUGAAGAUGGCACCUUGGGAAACCGACACAGCAACCACUUGCGCCCUGUGCAGACAGAAACAUUGGGCUCUCCUGAAACUGCUAACGCUGCAGCUCCACCACAGUUGGAGCCGCCGCUACAUCAUUCGCCAGCUGUUCCAGAAGUGCCUCAUCAGGAAGAGCUACCUGGAACUAGCUGCUUUAGGAGUAGCUGUGCCACGGAGAGCGAUGGGACUGCGAUCAACAGUGGUGUGCAUGUGAACAGUGACUCUGUCGUGCCGACACCUAGCACGCCGAAGUUGCGACGUGGCACAAGAACUAGGAAACCGCUACUGGGGUGCCUGCUACGUGCAGCCAUCAAGCAAGCAAGCAAGGACCUUGAGGCAAGCAACAAUGAAGCAUUGCAGCAGCAGCACCAGAGAGAAAAGGGCCACAAGAAGCUUCGAUUCCAGCGUGGUGAUCAGUCAUAA